AUGGACACUGGUAUCUACCGGAUGAGUUUAGUCGAAAAUCUUCUUGUAUUAGUUGUUAUUGCUCUUUGGUUUCUUGCUAUUGUCAAUCUAUUCCGCAAGUUAGAGCGCAUUUGCAAUCCGCCGUCGAUCUUUAUCAACUAUUCACUCCAUAAUAACUUAAGUUCAAGUCCAUCGAAUGUGAUUCAUGAGUGUUACGUAAACACUCUCAUCGAACCCACAACAUCAUCUUCGAUACAUGUCACUCGUGCAACGUCAGUUCCUGUUAUUGAUGACAUGUCUUCUCGGACGACUGUUCUAGCUGCCACAUCUCCGCCGAAAAAGACAUCGAUAUGCACAGAAAUUUCGAUCGAAGAGGGCGGUGUGAAAAAUGAUUCAUACACGGCGUCGCAGCAACUCGAUACAAUGUCUGUAGAAAUUGCACCAUGUCCGAAAUAUAUACCUCGUAUUGUCAAACAAAGCCUGUUGGACUUACAUCGACGUGCUCUAUUUUCCAACACAUCGUUUCCAACUUCGUCGGCGAGAAGAACAAGCAUGACGGUCGAUCCGCAAACAUUAACAAGAUUUCAAUUACGAAAAAAACUCUAUCAACGAGAAAAUGCCAUUGAUGAAGGCGAUUGGUAUAAAAAUUUCGAACCGAUCGUCAAGUAA